UUACUUAACUAGAUGGCGCUCUCAAAAUAGAAAAUCGUUGAUUUAAUCUAAUGUUCUGUCGUUUUCAUUAACAUAAGAUAAUCUGAAUAGUAUAUUGGAAGUUGUAUUAAAAUUUGAGGUUGACAGUUAUGAGAUUUAUAUAAAGGAUAUUGCAAGUGACAUGUUAUAGGUUAUUGACAUUAUGACAAUUAAAUACGCAUAAAUAUGAAACAACAAGUUAUAGAUACCAAAACAAUUUCUGGAUCAACAGGAGAAGCUGAUGAAUGUUUGUUUGAAUAUCUACAUGCUGAAAUAGUUAAUUAUGUUUUAAGUUUAUCAUUAGAUACAAAGGAAGGUAAGGAGGAUCUAUCUCGAUUAGAGUGGAUGGGAUUUAGUGUUGGAUAUAAAAUCAUUGAACGAUUGACAAGAGAAUGGAGUCGUUUUAAAGAUGAAUUAGAUAUGAUUAAAUUUAUAUGUACAGAUUUUUGGUGCAGCUUAUAUCAUAAGCAAAUUGAUAAUCUUAGAACAAAUCACCAUGGAGUAUAUGUAUUACAAGAUAAUUCAUUUCGUUUACUAGAUAAAGUUGGUACUAGUAAUACUAAACAAUAUCUUCCAGAAAGUCCACGGUUAUUAGCAUUUACAUGUGGCUUAUUACGAGGUAGUUUAGCAAAUCUUGGUAUUGUAAGUACUGUAACAGCGGAAACAUCAGCUUUACCAAGUUGUAAAUUCCAUGUUCAAGUACAAAGAAUUUAAUAUGUAUAUGCAUAAUAUAUAAGCAUUAACAUGCAUUUCAUAUGAUUUAUCACUAUAUUAUUGAUACAAAGUCUGAAAGAUAUAUAAUAUUCUAGUAAUGAAUAUGAAUUUUAUAAUUAACAUGAAGAACAUGUCAAUUAUAUCUAAAAUUUUCUAUAAAUUAUAAAUGAUAUAAACAAUUGAAACUUAACAUGUACAAGAAAUAAAAUAAAUAUAUAAGUAUUAUGUAACAUUAUAAAUUUAUUGGCACUUACAAAUAUUUAGGCUUUUGCAACUUUGUAAACGUAAUGGAAUAAUUAAUUUUCAAGCAUUGAUGUAUUACUGACAUUUAAUUCUUAUUGCACUAUAAUAUUCGUUAAUAUGAAUUACAUAUGUUUACAAUUAUAUAUUGUUUCAUUUAUUUAUUAAUAUAAAAUUAUAAAAACAGUGAUAUACAAAAACUUAUGUGGAUCCAUUAGUUUGUAAAACAUUGUCUUUGUUAGAAAUAAAAUUAACAAUAUCAGAAGGACUUAUAAUUCCAAUUAAAGCAUCAUUAUUUAUAUGAUCUACAACAACUACAUAAGUUUCAUGUUCGAGAAUUAAUGAAAGUUUUAUAAGAGUUGUUGUAGAUAAAACCUUUACGAAAUGUUUUAUCAUAAUAUUUUCUACACAAUCUGUCUGUUUAAUUCCACCAAAUAUUAGCUUACUCAUAAGUAUUUGCAUUGUAAGAACACCUUUAACCUUUUCCUCAUUAUCAAUAACUACAACUUGAUCUGAAUUUGUAGUUUUAAGAAUAUGAAUAGCUUCUUGACAUGUUGUUGUUUUGGAUAAUACAGGAGGUUUAGUUAUGGAUAAAGUUGAAACUGUGUAAUUGCACCACCAUUUAUUUGACUCAUCUACUGAUGGUAUAUCC